CCGGCGUCGGGGCGGCUCGUGGCGGCCUCGCCGCGGUCGGCUCAGCCGUGCCCGGCUGGGAGCGGGGCGACCUCCCGCCACCGGGACAGCUCCGCAGAGCCAGAGGGCUUCAGGGCCCACACCACAGCUGACCCCGCGGGUGCUCCUCUGCGAGGGGCGGGCCUCGGCCCCGCCGGCAAGCGGCGGCCCCCCGGGAGGCGGGGGAAGUGACGCACGUCCGGCGCCUUACGUGUGGCGGGGCCGGGGGGGCGAGCGGCUCUCCCUCGUCUCGGCUUCCCGGUGCGGCCGCCUCCGUGCGGGGCAGCGCGGCCCCGCGGCCAUGCCCGCCGGCGUGCCGUGGCCCACCUACCUGAAGACGCUGGCGGCCAGUAUGCUGGCCAUGUUUGCCGGCGCGGAGGUCGUGCACAGGUACUACCGGCCUGACCUUAGUAUACCUGAAAUACCUCCUAAGCCUGGAGAACUGAAAACAGAACUGUUGGGUCUAAAACCAAGAUCGAGCCAAGUUCAGAACUCACAACAGUGACAAGAAUUUACGUACGUUAUGAAAACUAGAACUGAUAAAACACUUGUUCAACUGUCUCAACUGCAAAAAGCCAUCUGUGAAAUACUGUCCUCCCUUAGACUUUUGUUUCCUUUCAGGCAGCACUAAAAAUAAACAUACGAUGAAUCCUGUUACAUCCAAUUGGUUAUACGCCAAAACUAUAAUUUCUUCAUCUUGAUUGCAGUGUGUUCUUCAGAAUAAAAGAUGUAAACUCA